AUGCAAGGCCAGAUGCUCGUCGAAGUUCCAAGUCGAGAUGGAUGUCAGGCAGACGUGAGCUCACUGCUCGUGGAGCUGCAGGCCGAACAGAUGAAGGUCGACCAGGAGAUGCAGCGGGGAGAUGUGGAACCCGCAUAUUGCACCAUGGCAUUAUUGGCCCCGCAGCUUCGUGACGAGGGCGCCGAGUGGCUUAGAGGAUAUCCUGAUGCGCAGUGUGCUCUAGCGAGAUGCGGCGAGACGCCAGAUAGCAAGAUUGAUUACGAGAUUCUCCAUUACUGCCGGCUACGCGGCGACGUGAAGAGCACGUUAUCGCUACUGAGCGUGAUUCUGCUAUGCCUUUUCACCUUGGUUGGGGUUGUUGCGGACAGCUACUUGGUGCCUGCUCUAGUGCAGAUCGGCCGUGAUCUCGAGAUGUCAGAUGCGAUGCUUGGGGCCACCCUCCUGGCCCUGGGUGGAUCGAUCACCGACUUCAUGGCUGGGCUGGUUUCGGCGUUGGCCGGGCAGCGCUCCUCAGACGACGUCAGCUUGUGGCUGGGCGGUAUCGUUGGCGCAGGGCUCUUCGCCUGCACAGGGGUGAUGUCCAUCAUCAUGGUGGUCGCUGGACCGAGUGGUGUCCCGGUCGAUGCCACGGUGUUUACCAGAGAUGUUGCAUUUAGAAGCCUCGCGAACACACUGUUGCUCGUCGCGGCAUUCCUCCAGGUGGUGUCCAUCAUGUUCGCCGCAAUCAUGAUUGCGGGCUACGCAUGGUAUGUCGUUCUCACGGUCAGCGGGGGAAAGUCUGCACCUCCGAGUGGAGAAGCCAAUGCCUGCGCGGCAGGUGCGCCCGAGGCGGCAGAGCCCCGGAGCUCUCGAGCCUCGCAGCUCUCACUGCCGCGGGGUAGCCGGCUCUCCUUGUCCUUUCAGGCGCUGGCUGGGGUCGGAGUGCCCAGUCCGGAAGUCUCGCAGGCAGAGGAGGAGCUCUGCUCGGAGAGGCUAAAGAGGCAUCUGGGUUGGCCCGAGGCUGGCGUUAUGGAGAAGAUCAACUUUGCCGUUGCACUGCCCUUCCGCCCCCUUUUCGCGAUAACCAUGGCCCGGACCACCUGGGAUGCUGCCUUGAAUCCACUGCUGCCUCUGGGGAUGUGCAUCUUCAUCCCUUAUGG